AUGGAGAGUAAAACUGGUUACAAGUGGGAUUUCUAUACUGCCAGCACUUGUUACCUGCCACAAGCUCAUUGUCUGUGGCGAUAUCGCUGGCGGAUCCUACUCUGCAUAUGUACACCAUGCAUAGUGACUGGAUGUCUCUUGGUCUAUAUCGCAUUAGCUCUGUGUUUAGCCAUCACUCACACCUACCACGGUGGGCUAUCUGGCACCCUAAUCCCACUACUGGAUGACUACUUUAUAGCAAAGGGAACUAACAGUUCUAGCCUUCUGGCACCCCAUCCGAUGCGGCCAUUCUGGAAAGAGGAACUAAACCGAGAAGCAUUUUGGAAUCUAAUCCAGCAUGUCAUGGAUCGUCAGCACAACACCAUUCUACGAGCCAGGAAAAACAUUUCAGAAAAUGGCAACAGCACAUUGCAUUCACUUAACAAAACUGGGUGUUUUUCAAACUCUGACAAAAUGUGGAAUCCAUCUGAUUAUUUUAGUCUGCCCCCUCAAAUACAGAGGUUUAUCAAGUACAUGCGCUGCAGAGACUACCCACUGCUGAUCAACCAGCCUGGAGUGUGUGUCAGUAAACAAAAUCAAAGUGAAGCCCCGAUGUUGCUGCUGGUCAUAAAAUCGCAAGCAGAAAACAUUAAAAAUCGUCAAGCUAUUAGAUUUACAUGGGGUCAUUCAGGUCUGGUGAGGGGACAGGUAGGGAGAGGAGGACUGGUGCACAGGGUUUUUCUCUUGGGCAAGACUGAAGCAGGAAGCAAAGCAGAUGUUGAACAGGAGAGUAAAACUUAUGGUGACAUCAUAAUGUGGGACUUUUUAGACACUUUCUUUAACCUGACACUGAAAGACGUCCUGUUCUGGGACUGGUAUGCCAAACACUGCGCUAACUCCCGCUUUGUUUUCAAGGGUGAUGAUGAUGUAUUCGUGAGGACUCCAGCACUCCUGGACUAUUUAGAUAGACAAAAAUCAAAGGAGUUUGUUGCUGGGGACCUAAUCACUGCUGCUUUGCCUGUCCGCUCGGAAAACACCAAGUACUUCAUCCCUCAUGGUUUCUAUAAGGGCAGUUACCCAUCAUAUCCUGGUGGAGGAGGUGUGGUCUACUCUGGUGCGUUGGUCCCGAGGCUUCUCGCCAUAUCCAAAAGAGUUCACUUGUACCCCAUUGAUGAUGUUUACCUGGGAAUGUGUCUUGAAAGGUUGGGGGUCAUUCCUAUCCACAACCCAGCUUUCCUCACUUUUGAUUUUACUGAAUCAGAAGCAAAGGAGCCUUGUGCCCACCACACCAUCCUGAUGGUCCAUAAACGGAGUCCAGAAGAAAUGCUGAAGCUUUGGAUAGAGACACUUGAACCAAAAUCUGAAUGCAGAAACACUCAGCUAAGAAAAACAUGUUUACAAAAAAAAAAAAAAAAA